AUGUUUACACUAAGGAAGAGAAAGUUGCUAUAUAUCAUUCUAACUGUCACUGCAUUAUUCUUACUAGCAAUACAUUCCAAAUUAAUCAAUCAUCAACAACUAGCUAGCCAUGAUUGGUCACUCACAUCAUUUGGAGAAAACUUUGAUUUCUCCUAUUUGCCCAAUCUAAGUGACAGUUUGAAAAACACCUACAACCGAUGGAAUUUGAAAUCAUCGUCAGACAGUGAUGCAUCGAUAGCGUCAAUCAUUGAGCCAAACAAUGUGCAAUUCAACUUUAUACACAAGAACAAAAAGAAGAAGCAAACACGAGAAGAAAUUAUUGAGUCGAAUUCGAAACGAUAUGCCGAGUUAAUGAAUACAGAAGUGGGCAAGCCCCAAGAUGCCUCGUUAAUCCCACCACCAGAAGAUAAACACCAGUACAAGAGAGCAAAUGCCACGAUAUUGGCAUUAGUCAGAAAUUCAGAAAUGUCGAAAAUAGGUCAAAGUAUAAGGAGAUUCCAAAAGCUGUUUAAUGGUAAAUUCAACUACCCAUACACAUUUAUCAAUGAUGAGCCAUUUACCGAACGUUUCAAACAAAAGAUUGUGAAAUACACCGAGGAUGCUCCGGUUGAGUUUGUCACCAUCAAGCCUGAAGCUUGGAAAAAGCCACUGUCAAUAGAUGAGACAAAGGAGGCGCAGGCUAUGCAAGUUAUGUAUGAUCACAAUAUUGCUUAUGCUAAACAAGGCUCGUAUCACAACAUGUGUCGUUUUUAUCUGGGUCAAUUCUACAACGUACCGGAGCUACAGAAAUACAAGUAUUAUUGGAGAAUCGAACCACAAGUUAAUUUCUACACUGAUGUCACAUACGAUGUUUUCAAAUAUAUGGAAACUACUGGCAAGAUUUACGGUUUCACAGUCAGUUUAUACGAUAUUGAAGAAUCAAUCAAGACUCUUUGGCCAGAAACGCUCAAGUACUUAAACACAGGGGACAACUACAAGUAUGUUAAUCCAAAUGGUAGUUUCCAAUGGUUGGUUGAAGACUUGCAAAAUCCUCAAAAGACAAAAAUUGCGGGUGGUUAUUCAACGUGUCAUUUCUGGUCGAAUUUCGAAAUUGGAGAUAUGGAUUUUUUCAGAAGUGAUGCGUACAAUAACUGGUUCAAGUAUUUGGAUUCAACGGGUGGGUUUUACUAUGAACGAUGGGGGGAUGCACCUGUUCAUUCAAUUGGCGUGAGUUUGUUUGCUGAUAAGUCGAAAAUACACUGGUUCAGAGAUUUGGGGUACAAUCAUGAUCCAUAUUACAACUGUGCCAAUACACCAUUCACUUCGCAUUGUGUGGCGGGGAAAUUCAGCCGGUAUGAACAUUUGAAUGAUCAAAAUUGUUUAAUGAAUUGGCUAGAGUAUGAUGGAAUUAAGGAUGUAUAUACUAGGAAUUAG